UAAUUUCUAUUUUCUAACUUUAGUUUCAACUUUCAAGUUGAAAUUUCUGAACAAAAACAAGUUUGUUUUUGUACUACUAGCAUAUUAGAUAUUAUGAUUACUUACUGUUUAGUGUUUAGUCUCCUAUAAUCCUAUGUCCUUUCUGUCGGAGACGUAUAGUCGUAUAUAACAUAUGAGAUUUUAAUUACCUUUUAUUCCUUUAGUGCUCUUGAGUUGUGCCUUGCUUUCACAGGUUCACUCGUGCUCACUUAUGUUGUAUUUUAACUCUAGGAUAACGGAACUACGAACGUCGGUUACCUUAUUAUUAUUGAUAAAUUAUGUGAAAUGUGUAGUUUAGAAAAUGCCUGUGACAUUAUUAAUCUAUCAUCAGACGAGGCUGGCGAUGUCGAAAUUGUCGAUUGGCGUUCACCUUUAAGUCUAAAUAAAGAUGAAAACAGUAACUUCGAAUUUAUAGAAGACGCAUAUUUAAAAAAAUUAAUACAAAUAUGUCUUAAAGCCGAAAACUCCAAAGGUAUGCUUAGAGUUAUAAACAGAUCACUUUUGCCUUUAUACCAAGAAGCAAAGCCAGAUUAUUUAAAUAGCAUAGAAUUUCAAGAAAUACUCCAAAGAACUAGUGUAAUGAUAGAGAAGAAGCCUAGAUUUAAAUUUUCUUACAUAAAAUCAGUAUGUGAAAAUUUAAGGAGGAACAAAAAGAAAAAACGACUAAGUUUCAUUACCCUAGAUUCAAACAUAAAAAGAAACAGAGUAAAUAAUGGCCAUAACAUGGAAAAUGGAAAGAUACAUGUUAUUGAUGAGGAUAGUAUUGGAGAAUGUGGAGAUAAAAAUGAUGUUAUACUUCUGGAUGAGGCAGUAAAUGAGGAAAAAGAAAAUCAAUCCAAUAGUUUAGCAUUACAGCUUGAGCAUCAAGCAACUUCGUCAGAUCUAACAGCUCUGGACACAGUAGACAAUGUAAAUGACACAAAAGAAAUUCAAAAUGGUGUAUUAAAUUUGUCACAUAACUUCACAUGUGAUAAACCUACAGCAUCCUGGGAACAGUUAAAUAACAGUCAGGAGAAUUUAUUAAUCGCUCAAAGAGUUGAGUUACCUACCGACGAUAAGCAAGUAAAAAUUAAAUCUAUGGAAUUUGAAAUUACGAGGUUAGAAAAAUUAAUCAAAGAGUUGGAGGAGACAGAGGUUACUCAAGAUAACCAUUGUUCACCAUAUGUUUUAUCCGAGUUAUAUAAGGAAAAGGUUGUGGACCUGUACAAGCAGCUAUGCCUUUUGACUCAGUCGCCUUUAGUGAAAAAGCAUGAAGUCCGACUAAGGGUCUUGGAAGGGCAUGUGGAAGCACCAGUGAAGAUUCUAGAAAGAUUCCUUAACAAUAACUUACAAAGUAAUGGAUAUCCCUUAUUCCCUGACUUUAAUGAUGUUAAAAUAUGUGUUGUUUUAGCAAAUGACAUUCAUAAAUUAGGAUGGGAUGCUGCAAAAGUUAUGAAAGAAGCCAGAGGACUAUUCACGCAAUGCGGUCGGGCCCUGCAAAAGUUGCGUCAGAGACGUGAAUGGAGGGACAUGCUCGCGAAUGUGAAGAAGGAACAUGAAGAUGAUCCAGCGCUGCAUGAUUCAGAAUUAAUGGCCAAGCUGGAUGCAAACAAGCAGUGGGCCAUAAAGAGGGAAAUGGACAUUAUCGAGAAGUACUCUCAAAUGGAGACUGAAGCCCUAAAAAAAAGAAAAAAACAUACAGAGAACAUAGUAAAUAACGAUGAUGCGACAAGUGAUAGCGACGCAGAUUCUGUUGUCCUAUGUGAAGAAGACAUGCUAAGGAAUGAAGAAUUUUUCAGAAAACUAAGAGAAGAAGUGAAAAUUGAAAAGACUGAUAACGUAGAUGAUACACACAAUGGUGAACAAGUUAAUGUCAAGGAAUGUGUAGUUAAAACGGAACCAUUAUCUAAACAACUGGAAGAUUUGGGAGAUAAUUUUACAGUUACCAUUGAAAUUGACAAUCCAUUUCUUGUGGUUGAAGUGUCUUCGGAUAGUGAUGAUGAUGUUUUGUCAUCGUGUAGUCGGUACUCUCAAAUGGAGACUGAAGCCCUAAAAAAAAGAAAAAAACAUACAGAGAACAUAGUAAAUAACGAUGAUGCGACAAGUGAUAGCGACGCAGAUUCUGUUGUCCUAUGUGAAGAAGACAUGCUAAGGAAUGAAGAAUUUUUCAGAAAACUAAGAGAAGAAGUGAAAAUUGAAAAGACUGAUAACGUAGAUGAUACACACAAUGGUGAACAAGUUAAUGUCAAGGAAUGUGUAGUUAAAACGGAACCAUUAUCUAAACAACUGGAAGAUUUGGGAGAUAAUUUUACAGUUACCAUUGAAAUUGACAAUCCAUUUCUUGUGGUUGAAGUGUCUUCGGAUAGUGAUGAUGAUGUUUAACUUCUAUAAUUAUUUUUAAUAAGAAGCAUGUUUAGGGGGCGUCUAUAAAUUACGUGAGGUAUUUAAGGGGUGGAGGGGGUCGAGUCAAAUCUCAUUUAAUCUUACGUUGGAGAGAGGGGGGUCUCGGCAAAUAUCACGCAAUUUUUUUUUCCGAUUGAUCAAAAUAUAUAUGAAAACGGUUGACCCGAAAGGCCAUCUAUGCAAUUUCCCGCUAACUCCAUACCUAAACGCUCAACAUUUCACUUUUUUGAGAGUUCUGUGUUAUUUUGAGUACUCCGAGCUCAAAGAGAUAGCUUUUUAAGCGUUUACGUAAGAAACCCACAUUUUAAAAAAUCUCACGUGAGAAUGGGGGAUGGGGUUGAAUAAAAUCUCACGACAUCUCACCAGGGGGGGAGGGAGGUACCGAAAAUUUUAAAAAAAAAACACCUCACGUAAUUUAUGGACGCCCCCUUUAGAGUUCCUUCUUGUAUUGAUAAGUACCCUUAUUGUAUUUAUGAAACAUAUUGUUUUGUUUAAAUUUGUAUUCUUUUAAUACAAAACUUUGAUUUUGUUUGAUAUGAAAAUAAAUAAAUAUAUCUUAUAUGUAUCUUGUAUCUUACAAAAGGGUAAAGAUAAAUCUUUAAAUCAGUUUUUGACUUUUGUGUUCCAUACUCCAGUCUCUGAAAAUUCUAUUGCCAUUUGACAGGUAGCAUUUUUGGUGAAAACAUUCUUUACUUUGUACAUUUUCUAUUGGACAUGUCCUAAAAAAAUAAUUCAAAGGCCAACAUGUUUUAAAUGAAUUUAAAGAAAAAAAAGCGCGGGAAACUUCGUUCAUGGUAGACGUUUUUUUUCACGGUGGUGAAAAUUUAAUUUUACUGGUUAAAACGCAGAGGAUAAGCUGGUAGUUUUAAUUUUUGUAUUAUAUGUAAUCUUUAUAUCAUAUUUGUGUAUAGUGUCAUCGUGUAGUCGGUAAGUUUUUGUAAUUUCUGUAAAUAUUGUAUGGAUGGCCAUGUUGACCUGAAUCUCCCCAUGGGAUCAAAAGUAUCUGUUGGUUCACAAGAUGAACUCUACAAAAUGAAUACGGAUUGUUCGUUAUCAUCUCAGACAUGUGAAGGAAGUCAGAAACGAACACGUUAUUUGCGCCUUUGUCGGCAGUGUACGAAAAUUAAGAAAAAUAAAGGUAGUGGUUCUAGCGGUGAGUCAAUUUUAAUGAAAAAGGUUACUUCUAAACCUAUAUCUCAAUCCACGUCAUCUCCACACUCGCAAAAUAAUAAUAAUUCACAUAACACAUGCUCUCAACCAUCAACAUCUUACAUGGAAAAUCCAAAUAUCACUCAAGGCUAACGCGGGAAAUUCAAACAACACCGAAGCUACAGUAAUCAAUACGGAUUCCCGUGCGAUUGGCCGUACUGAAUAUGUUCCUACUGAUGUUUCCCCUUAUUUAAUACAUGUUCAACAUAUACAAAGUUCACCUGACGACGGGACCAUUCUCCAUCCUAUAACAUUUGGCAAUUUUUUAAAGCAGAACAAAUUUAAUAAUAUUAUUCCCGGAAGUGUAAAGCGUAUAGAAAGACACAGGUGCGUAGUUGGCUUUUCCGAUUAUAAAGACGACAAUAAUUUUCUUAACUGCAAUCUUUUGGAAACGAAACAGUUAAAAGCCUUCAUUACCACUUUCAGCGUAACAAGAAUGGGUCUAACUAACGUAACGUAAUAACAUUUGAUGGGCAAGUUUUAUCAAAAAGGACUUUGAUGGAUUUUAAUGCUCUUCCAGUAGAGAUAUAUAUGUCAACGUAAAAUUGUAAAAACCGUUAGAUUAUAAUCUAUCUCGCGAGAUUGUAAACUGUCGAAAAAUUGUGAACUCAACGUACUGCUUACAAUUUAACGUAUUAUUAUUCGGUAGAUUAUAAUCUAUCGAAGUGAAAUCGUCAAAUUGUGAAACGGUACGCACCUCGCGCGCUUAUUGGUUGAACGGUAUAUGCCAUGGUGGCGACCAUAUUUGUUUGUUAAUUCGUUUGUUGUCGAAUGUAAACAAACGGUGUUUUGGUUAAUGUAAAUUGAUGUCGUCUUGAAAGUAACUCACAGCUUUAGGAUGUUGAAAGUGAACGUGAAAAGUUAUAUGAAAUUGUUGUGGAAGUAAAAUUAAUCUGUGAUUGACCAAAGAAGUGCAGUUUGAAUGAUAAUUAAGUUAGUGUUGGUCUCCAAACAUAGUCUAAAUUACAUACAUUUUCCAUGUU